GUCCGCUCCCGCUCCGCACGAUCACCCUUCUCCCGCGCUCCUUUCCAUUAUCUAGCCAUGCUGGUUCAAGUGCGUCUCGAAUGGAAUUGAGGAUCGCUCCGCACGAUCACCCUUCUCCCGUGCUCCUUUCCAUUCUCCAGCCAUGCCGGUUCAAGUGCGUCUCGAAUGGAGUUGAGGGCAGCCAGCUGUGCACCUGCGCCGAUCCUGGCCAGGACCGCCCUGAGCCGAGGAUUGCUGGAAGCACGCCUUCCUGUCCAAGCCAGCGGGCGUGCACGCGAUCCUGGGUGCAGGAUGGGCCCGGCCAUGAAGGGUGCUCCUGUACAGUGACGUUCCCACAUCCGAUGAGAUGAACCGCCUGGCGCAGUCCAUUCCAAGGCCUCCACCGCCGCAGCGCCCAUGACUCUGCUGCAGCUCGCACGGCCCCGGAGGCCCAGCGAUUCCAGCGCCUGCAGCACGGAGAGCGCUGCGUCGGUCUCGGAGCACGAGAACCUGCCGACGUGCGAGUGCACCCCCAAGCUGCACGGCGUGGGCAGCAUCUUCGAUCUGCUUGUGCAUCCGAGCCAGUCCAGCAGGCUCGAAGAGGAGAGGGCGGUGGCGCAGGCCCUCGGUCUCGAUGAGGACCUGCGCGCCUUCUGGCGGCGGCACGGGGCGUGCUGCCGGCGGGGCCGCGCGCCCGAGGGCCAGGAG